CAGAGACUCCUCAGUUCUGCUAGCUACAACUCACACACACAGAGCUGUGGUGGGGGAAACCCAAGCCCCAGGAAGGAUCAAAGGUGUGUGUGGGGGGAAAUAUCAGGCAGCAGAUCCAGUCUCUCCCCCACAGUGCAGAACUGGUGCGUGCAUAAUAGCAGCUGUAAUACAGAGAGGAAGAGGGAGCCUUGUUUAUCAGCUUGUAAAGGAAACGUUAUAAAGCCUUUGUCUUGGAAGUAAGCAUCUCAUCCUUGCUGCUGCCACUGCUCCAAUGUGCUGCUGUUGGUGACAUUAAUAUUUUAGGCUGGUUGUGGGUUUUUUUGGUUUCUCCAGGCAUGUCUUGAUAUAGCUGAAAAGGAACUGUCGUUUUAAUACAUUUCCAGCGGAUGUCUUUGACUUUAAAGAUCGCAUUUGAUGUUUGAGACUUCUUUGUGUGUAUGUAUGUGUGAAAUUCACAUGAUCUCAGUUUGAAGGAGGAAGAACUGGAAGAAAGGAGCAGUUGUAUUGGUUUUUCUUCUUGCUGGGUCAUCCCUCCUGGAUGAUAGUGUUGGGGUCUUUUGAACACAUUGUCAAGUACACACUCGACCAGGGGCUUGAUUCAUUUUUUGGGUUUUGUUUUUGCCUUGAUCAGAGUGCAGAAAUAACCACUCUUCUCCAGCUUUGCUGAUUUGCAGCAGAAAUAUGCUCUUGAAGGAGUACCGGAUCUGUAUGCCUUUGACAGUUGAAGAGUACAGAAUUGGACAGCUGUACAUGAUCAGUAAGCAUAGCCAUGAGCAGAGUGACCGAGGGGAGGGCGUGGAAGUCGUGCAGAAUGAACCCUAUGAAGAUCCAAAUCAUGGCAAUGGUCAGCUAACAGAAAAACGGGUCUAUCUCAACAGCAAACUACCUAGCUGGGCCAGAGCAGUUGUUCCCAAAAUAUUUUACAUUACAGAGAAGGCUUGGAAUUAUUACCCAUAUACAAUCACAGAAUACACAUGCUCAUUUUUGCCUAAAUUCUCCAUUCACGUAGAAACAAAAUAUGAGGACAACAAAGGAAGCAAUGACAAUAUUUUUGACAACGAAGCCAAAGAUCUUGAGCGGGAAGUCUGCUUUAUCGAUAUUGCCUGUGACGAAAUCCCUGAGCGCUAUUACAAAGAAUCGGAGGAUCCUAAACAUUUCAAGUCAGAGAAGACGGGGAGAGGCCUCUUAAAAGAAGGCUGGAGGGAGACACACCAGCCGAUCAUGUGCUCCUACAAACUGGUGACUGUGAAAUUUGAAGUCUGGGGACUUCAAACUAGAGUAGAACAAUUUGUACAUAAGGUGGUCAGAGAUAUAUUAAUGAUUGGUCACCGACAGGCUUUUGCAUGGGUUGAUGAGUGGUAUGACAUGACAAUGGAUGAAGUCCGAGAAUUUGAACGUGCAACUCAGGAAGCCACCAACGAGAAAAUUGGGAUUUUCCCACCUGCAAUAUCUAUCUCUAACAUUUCCCUGCCUUCGUCAACCCGUAGUGCUCCUUCUAGUGCUCCAUCCACUCCUCUGUCCUCAGAUGCUCCUGAAUUCCUAUCAGUUCCCAAAGACCGACCUCGGAAAAAAUCUGCUCCAGAAACCCUCACACUUCCAGACCCAGAGAAAAAAGCACUUUAAAUUUAACCUAGCAUGUUUCCUUCUGACAAGCCAUGUCUGCCAGAACAAGAGUAACUUAACAUUUACAAAGCUCGGUGUGGUUGUUUGUUUGGAUUUUUUAAACGAUUUUACCGAUCUAGAAAGAUGAUUUCUUUAACUCAGACUUGUUCCUUAAAAUCCUUAAAUAAGUGCAUGUGAGAGAACAUAGUUCAUAUAUUCUGAUUCCCAAAGUAAAGCUCAAAGCCAUAUGGCACAUGCUAUUAAUGUGAAAUUAAAUAGUCUGAGAAUAGCCUGCAAUUGUGAUUGGAAAUGCUGUAGGUAUUUAAUAAAGCUGACAAGGAUUUCUGAAGGGAACUAGUGUCAAUUUAGGUGCAGGGUUAAGUUAAAGAGUUAAAAAUCCAAUUUUCUCCUAUUAUAUCGGAAUUUCUAAAAAUUUUCUACUCUCAGGCUUAUCAUGUCUAAUCAUAAACCUUUGAACUGCUACUCAUUGAUACUUGAACACCAACAGCAAUUAUUCAAAUUCAGAUGUUGCUUAAUAUGACUCAGGAUUUGGGGCCUAGCUAACACAAACUUUAAACUUUUUAAAACUAAAUAACCAAUGCACCAAGGCUCCAUUUGUAAUUAAUAAUACUGACUUUAAGGCCAUUGAACUAUUUAUACCUUGCACAGAAUUUAUAAAAGAUUCCACCCAUUUCUUGUUUAUAUUGUAUUUUACUAGUUCUCCCCAGUCCUCUUGUGAUCUCUCAAGUAUGUGCUGGUGUUUGUAACCCCUGCUCCAGAUAUAAAAAAGAUGGAAACACAAGCAGCUAAAUAGUUUAAAGAGUCCAAAUAAUGCAAGGGUCUGCUCCCAAUGGAGCUGUCAUCACUGCAUUCCGGUCAUUCAUUCAAGUCCUAUGAGCUCCUGUCUAAUCACAAUGAAACCAGCUUUCAGGGUCUGAUCCAAAUCCCACUGAAGCCAGUGGGAAGACUCCCAUUGCCUUAAAUGGGCUUUGGCUCAGGCCCUAAAUAACCACUCGAGGGAUUGUAAAAAAAUCUGGAGUUUAACGAGGGAGGUCUUCUACUAAAGGGGGGGAAGAAUGGUACUUAGUACAUUUGGGGAUACUUUAGGACAAUCUCUUAAGAUAUGUGGGUACCUAAUAAGGAUAGUCUCCUGUACAGAUUUCACUGUACUAAUCAGCGCUGAAUGUAUAUUAUGCUAUGGUGUUUUACCAGACGCAGAAUAGUUGUUGGUUGAGCAUGGAUAGUGAUUAACUAGGCCAUGAUGCUUUGGAACAGCACCUAGGAGUAAAGAUUCUGAAAAUAAACAUUUUUUAUAUGUCCACCAUUGGAAAGUUCUUUAAAGAUCUUCAGUCACGACCUUUGCUCUGCCCUGAUGUGUUACAUAGGGUUACCAUACGUCUGGAUUUUCCCGGACAUGUCCGGCUUUUUGG